CUGCUUUUCAUACGUCAAUCGAUCAUUUACGGUUGUGAGUUCAGUAACCUAGCCUUUGAGUGAAUGUGAGGCUGAGCGAGCGUUUAUAUGAGAAAAAGUUUACCCCUUUUCCCGAGCCAAAAGCGCUCGCAUGGUCUAAUUGUCUCGCCUUAACCGAGAUGACCCGGCUGGGCGAGCUAUUGUGCCGGUUUAUAUGGAGAACAGUUGGCCCGGCUUGGAGGGUGUACACCUCGUUUUACGUCUUAACCCACUCCCUUUCAUGUCUUUCAGUGCCGUUUCAACAACAAGAACAUCAUUUAUUGGCAAAAAUAAAAUAG